GGAUCUCUCCUGCUUUGUCGUAGAUUCUCUUCAUCCUAGGGCAUGACCGUCACCUGAUCGUCGACCAGCUCAGGCAGCGAGCGAGUCAGGCAUCAACCAGGAUACACUCAUAUCCAUUGGUUCGCCAUACACCCAUACAGCAUAUAUCCUACUCCCACUUCGGUCCCUCAGGUACCUAUACCAACCUAGGUAUAUUAUGGGAUAUAUCAAGUUUCUGCUGCAUUUCCCCUCCUUCGUACAUUCUGUUCAUCCUCCAUGCAUGUCAUUCCAUGCACGCUGAUGCUCCAGAUGGAGGCGCAAUCCCGGCGGUGAGGUGGUAAUUACCAUACCAAAAUUACCCACCAUCCUCCUCCUCCACUGCGCCAUCCCGAUCAUUUCCUAUUCCGCUCCGGAUUAUUCCUUGUCAUCAUUCAUCGCCAGCUCCUCCCCGGCCUCAAAUCACCGUGUCAUAAACUUCUCGAACAACCAUUGCUCUCUCAAUCCGCCUUCAAGCCACUUCCCUCCAGUCUGACCCCCCAUGCUCCGGCCAUGGCUACGUCAAUGCCCCCGGACUGUCCGCGCGCUCUGUCCCCGAUGCCAACGUGAUCCUCCCCGAUUUCUACCCAUCGUCUCCAACCCGAUUCCUCGACGGUCCCUCCAAACCUCGACAACCGACUCUUCGGAUCGGGUUCCCUUACGCAAACAACUCAAGCAAGAUGCAAAGUCGCUCAAGGCUCACAAGCGCCAGAGGAGGGAAAGUGAAGAAGCAUCCCGCCAGAAGUGGGAGUUGACGGUGGGAAUUGAGACCCACGCGCAGCUAAACACGGAUGCCAAAUUGUUUUCGCGCGCUUCAACCUCCUCCACGGACUUGCCCAACUCCAACGUCGCACUCUUCGACCUCGCUUUCCCCGGAUCACAACCGGAAUUCCAAAUCGCGACCCUUCUUCCUGCCCUGCGCGCUGCCAUCGCCUUGAAUUGCGACAUCCAACCCGUGAGUCGGUUCGAUCGAAAACACUAUUUCUAUCAAGACCAACCGGCGGGCUACCAGAUCACCCAGUACUAUGAGCCCUUUGCGCGAAACGGCCAUGUCGACCUCUUCCCCCACGACGGAAUUGCGCCGGAAGACGGCGACCAGGUGCGCAUCGGCAUCAAGCAGGUUCAACUCGAACAGGACACCGCCAAGUCCCAGGAAUACCCACCCUCCGCCCAGCUCCUCGAUUUCAAUCGCGUGUCCCACCCGCUCAUCGAGAUUAUCACCAUGCCCCAGAUCCACACCCCUGCCACGGCCGCCGCCUGUGUACGGAAAAUCCAGGCCAUCCUCCAGUCUUGCAGUGCGGUGACCACGGGCAUGGAGUUUGGUGGCCUCCGCGCCGACGUCAAUGUCUCGAUCCGUCAACGCGGCGAGGUGGCCGGUGCGCACCACUACGGGGGAGUGACUGGCCUUGGCCAACGCACCGAGAUCAAAAAUCUCAGUAGCUUCAAAGCCGUUGAGGACGCCAUUAUCGCAGAGAAGAACCGGCAGAUCGCCGUCCUGGAAAGUGGAGGCGUGGUGGAAGGCGAGACCCGUGGUUGGACGAUUGGUAGCACCGAGACGCGCAAGCUCCGAGGCAAAGAGGGUGAAGUGGACUACCGGUACAUGCCGGAUCCCGAUAUCCCGCCGUUAUACAUCGGUCCGGAUUUGGUUUCGGGGCUGAGGAAGACGCUCCCCACCGCCUCGGACGCGUUGAUCGCGACCUUGGUGGGCUCCGAAUACCAGCUCCCCAUCGAAGAUGCCAAGCCCUUGGUCGAGCUGGACGACGGUGCCCGUCUGGAGUACUAUCAGGAUGUGGUGGACGUCCUGCGGGAUCUGCAGAGCGAUCAAGAUCCGAAAGCCCAGGCCGGUCUCGGCCGCGCGGCUGGCAACUGGGUUCUCCACGAACUAGGGGGGCUGUGGACCAAAUCGGAUCUUGCGUGGGACGCGGAUCGAGUUCCCGCAUCGUCGUUGGCAGCGCUCAUCGAUCAGCUACAGCGGAAACAUGUCACCGGUCCGACGGCAAAGCAGGUACUCGCCAUGGUGUUUGACGGGGAUGCCCGGUCCAUCCCCCAGCUCCUGGAGGAGGAAAAUCUACUGCUGCGCCCACUGUCACGGGAGGAGUACCUGGCGCUCGCCGAGGAGGCGAUAAGUCAGAAUCCCCAGAUGGUCGAGCAGAUCCGCAGCAAGAACCAGCUAGGCAAACUCGGGUGGUUCGUCGGACACAUGAUGCGCACGGGGGAGAAGGGUCGGGUGGAAGCGCAGAAGGCGGACUCGGUACUCCGCGAGCUCAUCCUGGGCCCACCGUAGAUGGUGGGGACUAUGACUUGAUGAAAUUUCGGUUUCUGGCCGUUGGAAUAGCGGGCCCUCUGUACCAUAAGCUCGGAUAUAGAGAGAUUUUAUCUACUAGAGAACUGGGACGGGCUAAGUUGAAAUUGGCGCCGUCUCAGAUAAUGAUACCCAUUGGUCACAACAAACCCUGACAAGCCACCGUCCACAUACCAUCCCUUUCCCCAAAAAAUAAAAAUAAAAAAUAAAA